CGCGAGGAGGCGGAAGUUCCCGCAGGCGGUGGGGACGGCGCACGCACCCGGAGUCACUUGUCAGCGCUCGUCUGAAGCGGAGGCAGUGCCACGCCGGACUCGAGUUUCUUUCAUUUUCUGGGAUUGAACUUUGAGCUGUUAGAGCCAUGAGCAACUACAGUGUGUCCUUGGUUGGCCCAGCUCCUUGGGGUUUCCGGCUGCAAGGUGGCAAGGAUUUCAACAUGCCUCUGACAAUCUCUAAUCUAAAAGAUGGAGGCAAAGCAUCCCAGGCAAAUGUAAGAAUAGGCGAUGUGGUUCUCACCAUUGAUGGAAUAAGUGCACAUGGAAUGACUCAUCUUGAAGCCCAGAACAAGAUUAAGGGUUGUACAGGCUCUUUGAAUAUGACUCUGCAAAGGGCCUCUGCUACACCCAAGCCUGAGCCAGUCCCCGUUCAAAAGGGAGAACCUAAAGAAGUAGUUAAACCUGUGCCCAUUCCAUCUCCUGCUGUGUCCAAAGUCACUUCCACAACCAACACGGCCUACAAUAAGGCACCACGACCCUUUGGUUCUGUGUCUUCACCAAAAGUCACAUCCAUCCCGUCACCAUCGUCUGCCUUCACCCCACCCCAUGCGACCACUUCAUCACACGCUUCCCCUCCACCCGUGGCUGCUGUCACUCCUCCCUCAUUCGCUGCAUCUGGACUGCAUGCUAAUGCCAAUCUUAGUGCUGACCAGCAUUCGUCUGCACUGAGCGCUGGUAAACCUGCAGUUAAUGUCCCACGGCAGCCCACAGUCACCAGCGUGUGUUCCGAGACUGCUCAGGAGCUAGCAGAGGGGCAGAGAAGAGGAUCCCAGGGUGACAGUAAACAGCAAAAUGGUAACCCUGGCACCGUGAAAACUCCACCUAAACGUCCACCAAGAAAACACAUCGUGGAGCGCAACACGGAGUUUUAUCACAUACCGACUCACAGUGAUGCCAGCAAGAAGAGACUGAUGGAGGACACUGAAGACUGGCGUCCGAGGACUGGAACAACUCAGUCUCGCUCUUUCCGAAUCCUCGCCCAAAUCACUGGGACUGAACAUCUGAAAGAAUCGGAAACUGAAAAUACAAAGAAGGCAAACAACACCCAGGAGACUCCUCAGCAAUUGGUCCCAUCAGUAGCUUCAGCUCGGAGCAUGCCUGAGAGACAGGAGAGCCCAGCGGCCACUAGACCAGGGGUGGCUGGUCUCACAACUGCUGCUGCCUUCAAACCUCCAGGAUCCACCAACGUUAUCAAAUCUCCAAGCUGGCAACAGCCAAACCAAGCAGCACUUUCCAGUGGAAGAAUCUCAAACAGUGCAGCCUCAUCAGGAGCAGUAGCACCAGCCAACUCAGCCAGGGGACAGCCCCAGUCACAUGACCAAGGCACUUUAGUGCAAAGAGCUGAGCACAUUCCUGCAGGGAAACGAACUCCAAUGUGUGCCCACUGUAACCAGGUCAUCAGGGGACCAUUCCUAGUGGCACUGGGGAAAUCUUGGCACCCAGAAGAGUUUAACUGUGCUCACUGCAAAAAUACAAUGGCCUACAUUGGAUUUGUAGAGGAAAAGGGAUCCCUGUAUUGUGAGCUGUGCUAUGAGAAAUUCUUCGCUCCUGAAUGUGGUCGAUGCCAAAGGAAGAUCCUUGGAGAGGUCAUCAAUGCUUUGAAACAAACUUGGCACGUUUCCUGUUUUGUGUGUGUGGCCUGUGGAAAACCCAUUCGUAAUAAUGUUUUUCAUUUGGAGGAUGGUGAACCAUACUGUGAGACUGAUUAUUAUGCCCUUUUUGGUACCAUAUGCCGUGGAUGUGAAUUUCCCAUAGAGGCUGGCGACAUGUUCCUGGAGGCCCUGGGCUUUACCUGGCAUGACACCUGCUUUGUAUGCUCAGUAUGUUGCGAAAGUUUGGAAGGUCAGACCUUUUUCUCCAAGAAGGACAAGCCACUUUGCAAGAAACAUGCUCAUUCUGUGAAUUUUUGAAAGUCAACAGCUCAGGGGAGGAGAAGAAAUUUGAAGAGAAAGAGAAGAAUUAGAAUUACCGAUUAGUUUUUAGAUUUAAUAUUUGUAGGAGUUUUGAAAAAUAAUAGUGACCCUGAAGGGAUAAAUUCCAGCUUUAAAAACCAAGUCUAUGAGGAAAUAUUUGGCUUCGUAAAGUAGAGAGACAGUUUGGCAUUUAUGAUUACUUUUUCCUCUAUUUUCUGCCCAUAAAAUAACUUUUAUAAAAGCCAAUUUCCUGGUUGACUAUUAAAUUCAUCAUAGAAUAAAUUAGUGAAGAAUUAAACUUUAGAAUAAAAACCUCUAACAUUUAGGCUGAGGUGAUUAUACUUUCUUUCCUUGUUAGGUAGUUCUGAGUAAAUCUGUAAAAGGCAAUGAAAAUUGCCUUGCAUCGUCAGUAGGUAAAACGUAUUUUUUCAAAAAUAGUGCUUAUCUUUAAAACAGGAAAUAGUUUAAACAGAAUUUUAUCAGUAGUAGGUAUCAGUUUUUUAAAAAACCGUAUGUACUUUUUUGUCUUCUAGCUGAUCAUUCCAGUGGGGAAGACCAUUGAGAUUUUUUAUCAAAAUGUGUCCUGCCAAUAGGAGGUGUGGUAUUUCUCUCAUCUACCCCCCUCCAAAAAGCCACCAUGUAGUUUCUAAAUGUCAAAUUUUUUGCCUUUUAUUAAAAUAUGGCCAUUUCUAUUUAUGUAUUCAUUGUUUUAUCACCUAUAUUAGUCAAACUCCAUUUUUCCCCCUUCCCUCAUGCUGAGGUUAAGAGAGUAAGUAGAAAAGAGUGUGGUUAAGAAUUAUGGUAAAUCAGAGGAUUGUAUCCAAAAUUUUUAAAAAUCCCCCCCUUUUGGACAAUAAGUCCAUUAGAUAAGUUUCAGAUCUGUACUACUGACUGAUAAAGGUUCGAGAACUCUCUUUGCAGAAUAAUUUUUUCUUUGAUUCUGCAUUAGAAAAGUAAAAGAUUGGCUUGGGGAUGUGAUAAAAUCUAGGAUUUUUGUUUGUUUGUUUUCUUUCAGUAGCUCUCUCAAUAAUAAAUGAACCACUUUCAAAUGUGAUCUUGAAGUUUGGAAAACGUUUACUCCCAGAGGUUGGUAGUAUAGGAGGGAAACAUGAUCAGUCGCCCAGACUGGCUCGUUAUUUGUUUUCUGUAUUUGGGGGGGGGGGGAGGGGAAAUUAUGUAGAUAACACAUGAAGACAGAGCAACCAUUGUGGUGAAAUUGUGAAUUGUAUUGAUAUUUGCCCAGUGAGAAAACAGAUUAUGACAUUGAAUAGUUUUUCCCUUUGUUUCUAGAAUGGAUGCAAGCCCAUGAUCCCACUAAGGUAUAAUAUCAAUUUGUCUGGGGCAAGGUGCUUUUAAAGUUGAGACAGAACCCCAAGCCCUCCCUGCCCCAUAACUCACUAACGACUUCACUUCCAUUGUGUGUGUGUGUGUUUGUUAUAGAGGGAGGUUUUAGGCUCUAAUAUUUGUUUAACCUCCCUAAGAACUUUGCAAGGCAUCUGUCCUGAAAGCUGUUAAUUUAUGGCCUAGCAGAUUUAUAUUAUAUACAGAUAAUAAUUAACUGGGAAUAAAAGAAUGAACAGGGUGACAUGAAGUGGCUUCACCAGUAGCAACCCCCAACUACCUCCUCGCCCUGCAUCUGUAGGGAGGCAGGAAGUUUUAUUUUCGAAACAGAGUGCUGGGACUGAAUUGUGCGUUAUUUCUCAUUGCUGCUGAAACCACCGGUAGAGUUCGUGCUGGCUAAUGUGCGUGGUCACAUAUCUUAAUGUCAGUCUCUUUCUUUACGUGAUAUAAAUUGGUGGUUUUGUUUUGAUGUAGUAGAGAUUUUUUUUUUUUUUGGUUGUUUAGUUUUGCCUUUAUAGAUUCCGUGCCAAGAUAGUAUUUGAAAAGUCAGUGGCAUUUAGGUAUUUCCUUUAAAGAGUUUUAUUUGACCUGGAUUUCUUAUUAAGUUACUUUACACUAAGGAUCUCAUUUUUAUUCGAUUUUUCUUCAUACACACUAUUCAUGGAGCGUAAUUUUGCAUUCCUCUAAAUUUUGUCCCUAAAAGGAUAACAUUACUUCUUCCUAAUUUAUCAUUUUGUCUUUGUGCUUUGUCCUCUUUUGUGGCAAAGCUUUAUAUCUGUUCCUAAAACAGUUAAUCCUGUGAAAUAAAUAUUGAUUAUAACCCAGAAGAAUCUCUGUAUUUUCCAGUGGGGAAUGCCAUAUUUAAUAUACCAGCAUUAAUCUUUUAAUAACUGGCAGAGCACUUUAUUCUUCUGGCGAGCUCCCUGAAUAUUUAUUUUUCUGAUUAUAAAUAUUCCAGAUCAGUAGCAUUUUUUUUUUAAUUAUUACCUCUUUACUGUAGAGCAUUUACUUGUAGUCUUUCUUGAUGUAUAUUUUGGAAUGCUGUACUUAGUAUAAUACUGAUUAAAAUUACAGUAUAUGACUCUAAAGCAUCACCCACUUGUAUUUCCCAAAUUCGAAAAUGCUAGUGACAGGUUCCAAUUUAUAACAUUUUGUAGACUUCCAAGGGCUGAAUGUUGCCCACUGGAGUGGCGGCCGAGAAAGGAUCCCCACUGUUUAUGUUCAUAGCACCAUACUAUUUCUUACGGAUUCGGGCUCCAUUUACAGCCGAACGCUACAGCCUCGUCAUUUGGUCACAGUGUUAAGACCGAUAAGAGUUGCAGUCUUCCAACUGUCAGUUGAAACCUUAUGGUUAAAAGUCAUCUACAACAAAAAUGUUUUCAUGGUGCCAUUUUCACAGGGUAGUGUACUAGGACCACUUUCAUAGAAAAUAAUUCCUUCCUCUCCCUUGUUCAAGUAGGAAUCUAGUGUUGUAUUAACAUUUUUGUAACGUUUAGAGUUUUUUAAUCAUCCCUGUCGAAAGGAGAGGCCUUUCAGACAUAAGAGAGGGGGAAACACUGAAUAAUUUUAUACGGAUCUAAUGUGGCAUCACUGUCAUCCCUAAUCCUCCGCAUGUUUUAAGAUACUGGCUUUGGAUUUUCAAAAUAUCAUUUGCCUUUCUGUUGAUCUGUAUUUUCUGUUGCUUUACAUUUUUCAGUUUGUAUAUGUCUGUACUGUUUUGCUUUGGGCUAUAUUUUCGAAUAAACACCACAUGAGAAAUAUAAUCAGCAUAGUUACACCUUAAUGUGCACAUAAUAAAUAAAUGGCCGCAGUGAU